ACGAUACCAAUGAAGACCGACUUAAGAAUCACAAACAUGGCCUGUCCACAGUUGACUUGGACGGACUUGAGGUUGCUGUUUGGUAUAAUUUUCCAGAUAUGACGAAUAUAGGAAUAGCUACAUGUUAUAAGCGACAACCUGUAACAGUUUUACAAUAA